GAUGGUAAUAAUGUUCGCAUUAAAAAGACAAUUACAUUUAUCAUUGAAAAAUAAUGUCCCGCUUCAAAACUUCAUUUCAAUACGAAAUAAAAAUAUUGUCACAACCUGCCGACAUUUACAAGGACAUUCUCGAAACAAGUCUUUAGCUUCCAAAAGUAAGUCAAUCGAAAAGCAAACAGAAUCCGAGUCAGAACAAACUAAAAGCAAAUAUUUCAAUUAUCGUUCAAAUAUAAUUAAAGAACUUCGCCGUACAAAAGAACCAAAUCCAUAUCCGCAUAAAUUCAAUGUCGAUAUCACUAUUCCACAAUUUAAUCAAAAAUAUUCACAUAUAGAAGCCGGGCAAAUAAAUACCGAAGAAAUUGUAAGAAUAGCUGGUCGUAUUCAUAAUCAAAGAUCUUCUGGUAGAAAUUUGAUUUUCUAUGAUUUAUAUGGUGAAGGAACUAAAAUACAAAUUAAUGCUCGGGCGCAAGAUUCAGAACGUGAUUUUCUAAAAACUCAUGAACACAUUCGAAGAGGAGAUAUUGUCGGAGUCGUAGGAACUCCGGGAAGGACGAAGCUAGGAGAAUUAUCAAUAUACCCCAAAGAUCUUAUAUUAUUAUCACCAUGUUUACAUCAAUUGCCUACUCCACAUGAAGGACUCAAAGAUAAUGAAACCCGAUAUCGUCAGAGAUAUCUUGAUUUGAUGAUAAAUAACGAAAUACGAGAAAAUUUCAUAUGUAAAUCAAAAGUCAUUAAUUAUCUUCGACGUUUCUUGGAUGAACGAGGAUUUUUGGAGGUUGAAACACCAAUGAUGAAUCAUGUUGCAGGUGGUGCAUCAGCAAAACCAUUUAAAACACAUCAUAGUCAUCUUAAACGUGAUCUGUAUUUAAGAAUUGCACCAGAAUUAUACCUAAAACAACUGGUUAUAGGUGGAUUAGAGAAGGUUUAUGAAAUUGGAAGACAGUUUCGUAAUGAAUCUAUUGAUAUAACACAUAAUCCCGAAUUUACUACGGCAGAAUUCUAUUUGGCUUAUGCUGAUAUGUUUGAUUUGAUGCAAAUGACUGAAGAUUUAUUGGGAAACCUAGUUAAGAGUUUAAAGGGAAAUUAUGUGGUGAAUUAUAAUUUGAAUGGUAAUGAAAUCGAAAUUGAUUUUACACCGCCAUUCAAAAGAAUUGAUAUUAUCAAAACUUUGGAAAAUAAUUUGAAUGUAAAGUUUCCCGAUCCCGAUCAAUUACAUACCGAAGAAACACAUAAAUUCUUAUCUGAUUUAUGUGAGAAACAUAAAGUUAUUUGCAGACCACCAAAAACUAACUCUAAAUUAUUCGAUAAGUUGAUCAAAAAGUUCGUUGAAUCAGAAUGUAUAUCACCAACCUUUAUAACCGGCCACCCACAAAUCUUAUCUCCAUUGGCAAAAUCGCAUCGUGAAAUUACAGGAUUAUGUGAAAGAUUUGAAUUAAUUGUUGGAACAAAUGAAAUUAUUAACGCAUAUACUGAAUUAAAUGAUCCGUUUGAACAAAAAGAAAGAUUUGAAGAACAAAAUCAUCAAAGAGAUAUAGGUGAUGAUGAGGCCCAAAUUGGUGAUGAUGCAUUUUGUACAAGUUUAGAAUAUGGAUUACCUCCUACGGCUGGAUGGGGCUUGGGUAUUGAUAGGUUGACUAUGAUAUUAACAAACAAUUCUAGUAUAAAAGAGGUUUUAUUAUUUCCAACAUUAAAACCUAUUUAA